AUGUUCUCCAUGAUUCCGAUGGUCAUGGCUCCUGUCAUGGCGCCUAUCCCAUCGCCUGCCCCGAGGAGGCACAAACAACCUGAACGAUCGAUUCCUCUCGAGGAUCUCACCCCCGGAAAGACCCCUGGGAAAAGCAAGCAUCUGCACAAACCAGGGCCUGCCAGCUCCAGCGACAAGCGAAAGAAUGCCAUUCCUGUCGACGAGCUCCGCCGGGCUGUGAAGGGAAUGGGAGAGAUGCCGACCGGGGCGCCGUCCAAACUGCACGACUUUGUGGCCACUGACAAUGGCAUCGUCGGCAGCGUGAUACCAAAGCUACCCAGUGCGCCACAACUCAGCCGGUCGGACGCUCUGAAGGUCUUGGACAAAGCUGAGGCCACCGAGGGUAUUUUUUGUCCGUGUAUCACGUACGGAAAAGUCAAGCAUGAGCUGGACAAGGCUCAAAAGAGCCGCGCUGAGUUCGGCGGUGGAAUACCGGCGAUCAAGCUGACGAAUGCGAUUCGCCUCUUCUAUGGUAUGGGAGAGUUCGAGGGCAACAAGGCGCUCAAUGUCGUCCUCCACGGUGUCACCAAUCUCCGUAACCUUGCCGAGGUCCGAAUUCGCGAGGAGAUCAGAAAGACUAUCCAUCUAGACAAGAUUGAGAAGGCUCAGCAAUAUGUGUCUCAAGCGCCAAUGGAGAUGAGAAAGCUCUUUCCGGAUCGGCUCCCUGAGAUUGACAUAUCGGAUGCGCUGGAUUAUGCCCUUGCAGACGGAGAGACAAGAGCCGACUCUUUACUCGGCCGUUUCAAAAACUUACUGGAUGAAAAGGCCUCGAGACAGCCUGUGGAAGUGCCCGAAGCGGAAGCUCCCACGGCCCGUGACCCAAUGCAAAGGUUGAGUCCUGGCGUCUCUCCCGAGGGUAUCGAAGAUACGCCAGUCGAAGAUGGAAAGACAGGGGCUGACUCUGUGGUCGACCGUUUCAAACAUCUUUUGGGGUCAGAAGGCUUGGAACUGCCUGGCAAGUUAUUUGACACGGAACUCCCUGCGACGCCCGAUCCUUCCCAGCGGCCGCUUUCUGGUGAUCCUCCUGAGGUGAGGGAGGAUCGACCAGGAGGUUUCUUCAGUUUUGCAUCGAGAGAGAAGAAAACCAACAAGGACGGACAACCAAAGAAGCCAGAGGAGGACCGACCAAAGAAGUCAAAGGAGGACAAACCAAAGAAGCCAAAGGGGGAAAAACCGAGGAAGCCAAAGACCAAACCCAAGACUGAGAUUAAGAAGAGUGAAAAGUCAAAGGGCAAACAAGUGGACAGGGAGAAUGUGCCUCCAAUACCCAAAGGUGCGCAGCCUGAUGAUGAGGCAGACGAAACUGCGCAAGAACCAGACAGCGCACUGGGAGGGCUCUCCCAAGUCCGGCUGGACCGAAGCAAGUCGAUCGUGGAAAUACCCGCCAACGCCCGAGUGCAUUCUAUUUCAGACGACACGUUUGUCAUCGAUACCCGACCCCAACGGUCGCACUCCCUUGACCUGGACGACGUCGUACCCUUGGACAAGGCACGCCUCUCCCACAUCCUCGAGCAUGACCAGGUCAUCCCGGCGAAGCCGGCCCCAGAGGAACACCGCCUGUCCAAGGACACCGUGAUCCCCAAGUCAGCCGUGACGCCCGGCCACCUCCUCGAGGAGGGCGACCCCGUCGUCUCGGGGCCACGCCAGGUCUUCUCCCACGAGAUCCUAGAUGACCCGGUCGUCGAGCGAGCCAAGGCGUCGCUCCCCCACAGUCUAGACUCGGAUAAGAGGAUCGCAGAGGCGGCGAAUCAGGCCAGGGCGCACUCCCUCGCGACCGACACCGUGCUGCCGGCCGCGCCCCGGUCCGGGGCAGCGCACGGCCUCGAGAGCGACAAGAGGGUCGCGGCGCCGCCCGCAGCCACCGGUGGCGAGCACGACAUCAGCCGCGACGUGCGCAUCCUCUCGCCGUCGGGCGCGGUCCGCGGCACCCACACCAUCGAGGAGGACGAGGUCAUCCGCGAGGGGGCGCAGUUCCGCAAGUCGCCGCGCCCGAGCGCGGCCGACAUGCCUGGGAACUGGGCCUCGUCUUCCGCAUCCGAGGAGGACGUGGGGACCAGCAGGAAUGUCGUCGGCUCGCUCGACGCCGUGAUCGACUCUGCCAACCGGGCGGCGCGCCGGCCGGAGGGUCUGGAUGCUGGAUUCGAUGCUCCUACCGGCCGUGGGUUCUGGGGCAGGAUGUUCCCCAAGCGGCAGAAUACCGCCCCCGCUGCCAUUCCAGAACCCACUGCUCCCGCGCCCACCCCUGCUGUAUUGGACAUCGGUCAUCUCUUUUGUUGUCCCAUGGCUCCGUGGGCGGAAGACAACUGUCUCGCACCGAACGUUGAGGCGUCAGUCUCACUCUUUUCUUCAGUAAUGACACUGCCUAGUGUUAUGACGAAUCACCUACGACGAUCAUCACUAAUACAACUACCCAAGAAGAAUCGAUACAGAUAG